GAUAUGGCUCUUUUUCUCUACAUAGUCACAAGUUUGUUCCAGUGCUUAUAAUUAGUAGUGCACAAAUUUUCUAUAAUUUUGUGGAUAAAAGCAAUAUUCUGAAUGCACAACCACGUUUUCACAGUUGCUUGGCGAACAAAUGAAAACCAAACAGUGCGCAAUCCAGACCUUACGCAAGACAUAGGAAAAUUUUUCUGACCUGUCACCUUGACGUUUGCCAUAAUGACAGCAUCUCGAGAUCGAGCAUUUGUCACACGAGAUAAAUAUUUGUACCGAACUUCUGGAAAAAUGACAGAGAAUGUGUCGUUUUGUUUCGAGAGUUAAAUAUAAGUGUAGUUUGGAAUUUCGGGCACCCUAGUUUUUUUGUUUUCCAAAAUCCGAGAUUGAAUAAAUGGUGCUACGUUUCACUAAUUUUACCUCUCUCUCUGUACAGUUACCUAGUUUGCGUGGGCACUUUUCGUAGUGACAUACGAGUUUUUCUGUAUUCUUCCGGAAGAUGGGACUCCUCCACACAAGCACAUUUUUGUUUUAUUUUGAACCUGACAAUUGCUUAUUAUAACACAUUAAAGAGACCAAAGAAGACUUUGCAGAAGAACACCAGAUUGCUAAGGGAAGACACAGGUACACUACAUAAAGACUUUUCCAAUUUUUUGGUUGUAAUUUCCACUAAUUACAUUUUAAAUUACUGUUUAUGGUAAACAAAGUAAAGGUACAGUACCUUUCAAUUCACAGUUCUGUACUAACAAUUGAGCAUUACUAAUGUUUUAAUUUAAACUAAGGUCACAUUACCAUUGUAAUAACUUCCAUUCUCGCAACUUCUGUACUUCGGACCACUAAACCCAACUUCUGGGAAACACAUUGCCAGAAACACUUUCCGAAGCUUUAAAUUUGCAGAAAGACUCUAAUGGUAACUUUCACAAUACAGUUAGAUAAACAAAAUUGAUUCAUAUUCUCUUACAGGAGUUCUCUCUAAAGUCUAAAACACUUCAUUUCAGUUUCCAAAUUGACACAGGAGAAUUUUUUCAUUAUGUAAUUAUCAGUUUAACAAUUAUUUAUAGUUAAAAAAGGUCUAAAUCGUUAUUCUUGUCUCUCAACAAGACUAAGAAGAGAGAUGAUCCCAAGUAGAAAAUCUGACUAGAACUGAUAGUAUUGGAAGGGGAGGAAGAUGAUACUGGUUUAGUAAAUGAAAACAUGGGUUAGAAAAUGGUCCAGAGCAUUUUUGGGUGUAUCAAACAGAAGAACGUCACAUCCAUUAUUCAUCCUCGUCUUAGUAAUUUGGGGGGUGCAAUUCUCUCGUUUCCAUACAUUGCGCUUUAGAGUAAAGAAUGCUUUUUGGUGUUUUUUUAUAUAUACAGCAAUUAGCACGUGUUUACACCACACUUUGGACAUGAAAAAACACAUCAUAGUUGGCGAAUUGACGUAUUUAACGAAUAGGAAACGUUUACUUUCCAAACAGGUUUAUUGUUUACAGUGAAUUUCCAGGAAUCACCUUUUCCACAAAAAAGGAGGAAAACAAUCAAAUCGACAAUUAAUUUUGGCUUAAGCGUUCCUAAUACCUCGGCGAGAAAAAAGUGUCUGCAGUUAUCUUUUAACACGAGGGGAAAAGGUGAUAAACACUAGCCCCGUGUUUUCUGAAUUGUCGGGCGAUUCCUCCCCCAAUUACUGUCGCGAUUCGGGGGUGGAACCGGUAUCCACCUGCCACCUUCCAGUCAACAAAAGGUUAACGUACAAAGUGGCGUAGGGCGAGACGACGAUCGACAUGGUAGCGGAAAGACCCUCGCAGGACCCGGGACCGGAGGUGGCUCGCGACGUGGGCUACUCUAGCGACGACGAACGAGACGGAUCCUCGGAGGGCCCCCGAGGCCCCUCGGCUAUCGAGAAGAUCCCGGGAGAGAUGGACGGCUCGUGCGAUGCCAGUGGAGAGUACACCACCGACGAUUCGGACGACCAACCCCCGACCCGCGUUUGGGCGGAGGCAGUCUCGUGCAAGAGGGACCGGAAGAGCCCCGAGUGGAGAAGGAUCUCUUCCGGUCGGAGGAGAGGAAGACCCAGGAGCAUGACGGACCUAUACCAAAGAAAGAGCCCCGACGUCACUCUUUUCGCUUCUAAUGCGGAACUCAGUGCGUGGCCCAUGCCCGGUUCCCUCACCAAACUGAACUCCGCGCGGCUUCGCACGCGCUGGAGACGUUCUCGUUCUGUCAGGAGCACCUUCUCUGGGGGAUCGGAAGGGUGCGCUCGCGACAGAAGCUCUUCCGCUUCUUCCGACCCGGAAGACGACUGCCACUCUCCCUCUUCCGACUUACGUGUAGAGGAUUUCGGCGCGUGCCAUCGAGCGCCGCCCACCGCAGAGGAGACGAGCUCCAUCUCGGACCAGGUGUGGGACGGAUACCAGGAUCCGUUAUACCUGAGCGAGUCCUACACCGAGUCGACGGUGGACCAGGAAGAGUUCAGAAAGGUCACGGAAUUCGGCGACGACUACGGCGACCUAAUGGAGGCUCCCCCUCCUCCCCCUCCGCCGCUUGCUCCGGAAGGGGAGGAGCGAGAGCGGUCGUACACCGAUUCCGACGAAGAAGACUUUCUCUACGUCAUCGAUCAGGCUACCAGAGCCUUGCACGUGGCGCGCAGUAGCCUGGCAGAUAGGCGCGGCCUCACCUCCGCCCAAAAGGCGGAGCUGAUCGCCACCUGCCGCGCUCAUCUGCAUUGUCUGUUGCUGAUCGACGACCAUUUGAGCAGCACGCGAGAAAACGCCCGAUUCGACGUCAGAGGACUGAUCGAGAAGUGGGAAACGAUGGAGAACGAGUUGGAGCCGCCGGAGGAGGAUGCGGAAGCGGAGGGAGAGAAACCGGGGGAAGAGGAGGAGAGCCAGCAGCUGAGGGAGAAUCUGGAGGAGUUGGACCGCUCGGUGAGGGAGCUGGAGUCGGAGGAGUACUCGCCCGCGCCCUCUUUCGACCGACUGGAGGAGAAGAUCGACUCGUUGCAGGUGUCGCUGCGCGCCCUGCAGGAGACCAGGGAGCGGCUGCUGGCCGUCAACCUGCGAGUGCGUCGCCGCAACGACCCCUCCCUACCGGAGAAGGUCACCGAGUCCUAUCGUCUGUGGGAAGGAGUCUAUCGACGCAACCGAGACCUGUCGGCCGAACUGCAACUGACCCGGAAUCUGUGGAGCAGGUUCCUGGACCUGUGUCGAAGACUAGAAAACUUUUCUCCUGAAAUUUCGGACCAAGAACGAGACCGAGGACUGGAGGAGCUGCGCGCCUUGGUCCAAGAAUUGGAACAACGUCUGGAGGGUAGCCCGGCCCUCCCCGGCAUCCGGGAGGCCUCCGAGUCGCUCGAGCCGGAGGCGCGCCGACCGAAGGAACAGCGCGAGGAGGAGGAGGAGGAGGAGGAGAAGGCGUUUGAGGGACCUUCCGAAAUCCGUCCGGACGAAGAAGAAGAAGAAGACGAGAGGAGGAAGAAGAAGAAGCCUUCUCUGUUGCGCAGGGUGUUGCGAGUGGCCAUCCCCGUCCAGUUGGCUCUGGUGUUGCUCUACUGUUUGGCCCGUCUGCUGGAGCCGCGAUGCUGCGACUCCGUCAACAACCUGCACUUCUCUACCGCCCCCCAACUGCGCUACGUCCGGGGUCCUCCUCCCCUCUGAACUCUCCCUGCCCCUUAGACGGAUGCCUUAGUUUUAAAACUUUCCCGUACCGCGUCCGCGCCCUUCGCCCGCGGACGAGAGGCGCGGAGGUCGACGGCGCGGGAGGAACCGCCUUCGUCUUCCCUUCUCGCCCUCUUCUUCCCGAAUACGACGGGAGCGGGGAAGAAGAGGGUCCGUCGUUACGUUCCUUCCGACCGACACUUCCACCAGAAUAAGGGAGGAAUCCGAAAGACGUCUUUUCCCACCGGCGCGCGCGCUUCCGCCUGGCCGCGCGCCUUCUACCUAUCUUAGUUUCCCGCGUGUCCGAACAUCCGGGCGUCGGCGGAGGCAGAGGGGCGGGAAUGGGCGCGAGCGGGGGAGAAGUGAGAGGGGACGGAAGCGUCCCCCGGGGAGGCGAAAAACGCGUUUAAGUAUCCGUCCGACUCUAAACGGCUUUCGGAAAACAUUUAGCCGGAGCGGACGACGCGGACGUGUCCGGAAUGCUCGCCUUCGGCCUCCUCUCCGCAGUCCGGUCACGCCCUCCUCCCCCUCUUCUUCCCCCUCUCCUCCUCCGCUCUGUCGUGCGGACGGAGAACGCCCGGAGCCCCUCCACCUCCCGUCCUUUCGGGCGGUGAAGGGCCCCUAAGUCCCCCUCUCCGCCGGGAGGCUCCCUCCCGAGAAAAGGGAGCCGCGACGGAACCGGAAACGAGGAACGGCGAGUUCCGGAAAUGGGGGAAAGAGUUUUUUUUAUCUCUCGUCUCCUUCCCGGUUAACAAAAUUAUCCAGACCCAGGAUUUCGGCUCCGCAAUUUACGUCAUUGUGUGCGCUCUUCCUUUUCCAAUCGCCCUCCUCCCCUUUCUUCCCCCGCGGGGUGGACGCCGCUUAAAAUCCGAAAGAAGAGGCCUUUCCCUCCACCGAAUUUGGGGGGAGAGAGAAGAGACGGAGGAACGAGGACGGUCCCUACCCUGGUGGGUAGAAUUACGUGUGUAGAAACGAGCUUAGAGAAGGGCGAAGAUUUUAGACCCUCGUAAACAGUUAUUGAACUUUUGUACAAAGACGAGGAACGAUUUUAAAGCAUUUUCUGUUAAUUUGUUAACACGUAAUUUAUAAAACGUGACAAAAGUCGACUCCUCUGUGACGUUUUUUAUUCUCCGUUAUUACAUAAAAUUCUAUGAAAUUUUCGUGACGUCUCGUUUAUUCUUUUACACUACGCCGCAGCAACUUCUUCUAUACGGGUACGAGGAGGGGAUGACAGCCCUACCGCACGCUUUCGGACACGUUCUCUACCCCAUCAAAGCGUAGCAACGAGAACCGACGCGCGCUAAUUGUGACGUUUUAGCGUAACAAUCGCAGAUUAACGCGUCGAAAGUAGUAGGGGGAGGGAUAAAAGACAACCCCCAGUUUCGACCGGUGAGGAAAGUUGAUUUCGUAGGCGUGCCGCGCGAACUCGCGAUUCGACGAAAACUUCCCGAAACGACGUUCCUUUUGUCUAUCGUUUACUUUCGCGCGGCGCGUCGCUUCGACGCGUCGACAAACGGAAGUAAGAGCCGUACGUUAAAGGAAUGGGGCGUUAGUAAAUUAACACUUUGUGCUUUAUAUUAUUUAACAGUAGAAGGAAUCUUGUGUAAACACCAAGUACAGUAGUGUUACACUACGUUCGGGCCUGGACACUAAUAUGUGACAGGCCCCCCUUAAUUAAAUAAUACGUGUAAAUACGUCAGGCCUGGAGCCGCGUCCAAACGUAUGAGACGAGAAAUAUGGCCAGACCGGGCCUUAUUAACGCGCUAUCCACUAGAAUUAUGGAGUUAUUUUAAAUGUCGAGCGAUAGCUUUGACAAAGGGCGAAUGCUCGGAAUCGAUUGUGACGUGGAUACCGAACAAUACUACGAGCUCGACGACGUAACACUUUGUUAAAAAACGAACAAAAAGAGGCGGCGAAGAAAACGGGUAGGAAGAUUAAUUUGCCAGAGCGGGAGAAAGGGGGGAGAGCAAAAUUUCUAAAAUCAAAUUUAAUAACACUUUCGGGUUCUUCUUCUUCUUUUUCUUCUUGUCCUCUUGGCCGUAAUUAUCGAAAAAACUUCAUCCUUUUUCUGACGAAAACUUGUUGCUCUUUUCUAGAAUUGUUGCCUUGGUUACGAGAUAAAGAGAGCCGCGGCACUGGGGAAACGAGGUAAGCCAAUCUGGUAUGCCAAACUCGACGUCUUGCGCCUCCCUGGGUAAUGUGCUUCCCUCUUCUCAAUUCAUACGCAAAUUUGUCGGCUCCCUCUACUUCUCUAACCAUAAUAGGACCGACACUUGGCGUACUUUUCAAGGUCGUUGGCGUAAAACCUCGAGAUUACCCACGUAAACCACGUGUUAUACACUGGCAUUUUAUGUCGCGCGCCGUAUUCAUCUCGACUCUCCCCCCUCCCCACACACACACAGAAAUAUCUCCUAAUGGAUUCGCAAUUCUUACGGCUCGCAUUUAAUUACGUAUUCCUAAUUAAUUCCUCCUCCGAACACUAACGAAUACGUUCCAAAAUAAAGACAAAGAUGGUGUGGUUUUUACGUCAAUAUGACGAUGACAAAGUCUACGGAAUGACGUCAAAUUUACACACUGUUUCGUUCCCCCUAUAUAGUAAUUAGGUAUGUAAAAAUUACCGUUUAAAACUCGAGUAAUUUGGAGAAAAGUACAUUACGUGUCCGAAGAUUUCCAUUAAUCCCGCUUCUUGUCUUCACUUGAUGAUUUAUAACUCUUCUCAUUU